AUGAUCCCGCAGUUCUGGGCCUCCUGUCUUUUCCCACUGUUCCUGGUCGGCUUCGCUCAGCCGACCCCGCAGCAGCAAAAGGUGAAGAUGGAUUGCUAUAAGGGGGUGACAGGCACCAUCUAUGAGUAUGGAGCCCUCACCCUCAAUGGCGAGGAGUAUAUCCAGUUCAAGCAGUACUCGGGCAAACCCGUCCUCUUUGUCAACGUGGCCACCUAUUGAGGCCUGGCAGCUCAGUAUCCUGAACUGAAUGCACUACAGGAGGAGCUGAAGCCUUUUGGUGUAGUUGUGUUGGGGUUUCCCAGCAACCAAUUUGGAAAACAAGAACCAGCCAAGAACUCAGAGAUCCUCUUGGGGCUCAAGUAUGUACGUCCAGGUGGUGGCUUUGUUCCUAAUUUUCAGCUCUUUGAGAAAGGGGAUGUAAACGGAGAAAAAGAACAGAAAGUCUUUACCUUCCUGAAGAACUCCUGCCCUCCAACCUCUGAUCUUUUGGGCUCAUCAAGCCAACUCUUCUGGGAGCCCAUGAAAGUCCAUGACAUCCGCUGGAACUUUGAGAAGUUCCUGGUGGGGCCUGAUGGAGUCCCUGUUAUGCGCUGGUUCCACCGGGCUUCAGUCAGUACAGUCAAGUCAGACAUCCUAGAGUACCUGAAGCAGUUCAAAAGCGAAUAGGAAGGGUCAGGGACCGUCAGAAGUUGCAUUCCACCUGAAAAACAUGUUUAAAGAUCUGCCUCUGCUCCACAUCCUUGCUACCCAACAUCCA